AUACUUCACAUUCUGUUUAACCUGGCUCCAAAAUACCAGUAAAUAAAUAAACAUUUAUUUAAAUACUAAAUUAAUAGAAAUGACGGAAUAUUCGUUCAUCCUCCUCGUCUCCAUACAUCUGGCGUGUUUGAGCACCGCGCAGCGACAUGGUCCCUGGAAACACAGGGUCCAGUGGGAAAAUAACGGGCAGGUUUUUAGUUUACUGGGCUCUGGUACCCAGUACCACACACUGGAUUCUGCGCGACGGAACACAAGGUUCUUUCUGACCCGCCAUGUGAUACCCAGACAAACAGGGAGGGUUUUACUGAGACGUUUCGCUGCUCCAAGAGCGCAAACCGUUGCGCAUCCCGAGUACGCGCCGGAGCGCAUAUCAAGUGCCACGAACGGUGCUGUUCAUGGAGUGGAUGCGAGACCCUACGUGGUAUCAGCUCUCGCAUCCCAUUCGAGGAAGAACAAUGCACGUUUGGCAUCUUUACGCAUGGAGAGGAUUGCGUUUUUACGCACCCGGUCUUUGCGCUCUGGCGCACCAUCAGCAACCGGCACGACUACACUGACACCCUGGGUCUCUUCAUUGAGCACAAGCUUUGAUGCUAGAAAGCUGGUGCCAUCACCUGUUUCGAGCACUGAAAUUCCAGCCACUAAUAAUGCAGUGGAGAAGCCCAUUCCUCAACCACAACUUUCUGCAAUAAAGGCGAAUCACACCGAGCUUUCGAGAUCCAGUGUAGUGCCUGGCGCAUCCUUACUGUCACCAUCUGUUAACAUCAGAGAUGGAUUAAAUCUUCCUUUCCACGUGGAUGGAGAAGGUGACAGUAUGAUUGGGGAUGAACCAAGCAAUGUUCAUGGUAGAAACUCUUUCAACUAUAAUCUACUCCCGUAUGGAAGUGCGAACAUACAACCCCAGAGUCCAUCUGGUUAUGGCACCAGUUAUUUCCACAACGCCCUGCCUGAUCUCAUCCCUGAUCCAUACUUUAUCCAAGCGGCGUCAUACAUUCAGAGAGUACAGAUGUAUUCACUGAGAUGUGCUGCUGAGGAGAACUGCCUCUCCAGUUCAGCGUACAGCCCAAGCAUCAGGGAUCUGGACUAUCGUGUGCUUCUCCGAUUCCCUCAGAGAGUUAAAAACCAAGGGACGGCGGAUUUUCUCCCUGUGAAACCGCACCCUCAGUGGGAAUGGCACAGUUGCCAUCAACAUUACCACAGCAUGGAGGCUUUCAGCCACUAUGACCUACUGGACGCCUCCACGGGCAGAAAGGUUGCUGAGGGUCACAAAGCCAGUUUCUGUCUGGAGGACACCAACUGUGAUCCGGGCGUGAGGAGACGAUAUGCUUGCACGGCUCACACACAGGGAUUGGGUCCAGGCUGCUAUGACACUUAUCAUGCUAACAUUGACUGUCAGUGGAUUGACGUCACAGACGUUUCACCAGGACAGUAUAUUUUAAAGGUGAGAUACCCAUCGGUCAUUCCAUUACCAAACAGAAUUAUGCAAGUUUUACAUCACGUGACUCAUUGGCAGGUAACAGUGAAUCCGGGUUUUCAAGUGCAGGAGUCUGAUUUUUCCAAUAAUAUUGUCAGAUGUGAUAUCAGAUAUACAGGGUCACACGUCCAAGCGCAUAACUGCAGAAUCACAGGAUAUUGAUCCAGCCUACCUUUCGCAAACCUCACUGUUGCAAAAGGGAUUUUAUCAUUUUUUUUAUUUCUCUCUUCCCAUUUUGUAUUUUAACUAUCAAAGUACCGUUUUUGAACCAAGACCAGUUCAAAUGUUACCAAGCAUGACAUUGUGUGUUAACCCUGCUAAAAGUUUCUAACCCAUGCAUUUUAGUGAUAACAUGAGACUGGGACUUACAACAAUAUGAAACUUUAUUUCCCCUGAUAUCAGACAUAAAUAUUAUUUUAGUGUUUUUCUUAAAACUCCCCUUUGUAACUCCUUUAUUAUAUUUUGAUGUGAUAUAUUCUGUAUUUUAAUGUAUUGAACAUUUUGAGAUGCAAUUAUAAAGGUGCUAUCCAUUAUCACCAUUAUGAUUUUGUCAUAUUUUAUUACUAGAUCAUAUAUUUUAACUGCCGGUUAUGAAUGAUCCUCAGCUGUAUUUCUGGUCACGGCUUAUAUAACAAACGAGUCUCUGAAGUCAAAUCAACACUGCCAUUUGCUCAAGAUCUUCAAACGUGCUGAGA